CAUCAUUUCCCUCCAAUUUCCACACGCACUCCUUUGAUAUUUCUUAUCACCAUUUUCAUCAUUUCUCUGUAACACUCCUUCACUACUGUUCAAAAGCUUCUCUCCCUCUCCCAUUCUCCUUUAAAAACCAAAACUUCAAAAAGGAAAAAGAAAAAGAGACAAGGUUUUCAGUGAAUAGACUGGUGUCAGAUUAUUAUUUUUUUUUCAAAUUUAAUUUACUAAACCAGGCGUUAUUAGAGGUUGAUUAAAAAUGGAAUCUGGGGCACAAGCUUUCCAACACCGCUUGCUGUCAGUGAAAUUGUGGCCCCCUAGUCAUAGUACCAGGCUAAUGCUUGUAGAGCGGAUGACAAAGAAUCUUACAACUCCAUCCAUUUUCUCUAGAAAGUAUGGCCUAUUAAGUAAUAAAGAGGCUGAGGAGGAUGCCAAGAAAAUAGAAGAGUUAGCUUUUGCUGCUGCAGAUCAACACUACAAGAAGGAGCCUGAUGGUGAUGGAAGUUCUGCAGUACAGAUAUAUGCCAAAGAAUCCAGUAGACUGAUGCUGGAAAUUAUUAAAAGAGGCCCUACAGUAAAGGAUGGAGAGGUAGCUGAUAAAACUAGUGUUCUUCAUGAAACUGUCUUUGAUAUAUCUGGAGGUCGUCGGGCAUUUAUAGAUGCAGAGGAGGCUGAGGGCCUUUUGAAACCACUUAGAGAGCCUGGAAAUUCCUAUACUAAGAUAUGUUUUAGCAACAGAAGUUUUGGCUUGGAUGCAGCAAAUGUUGCUGUGCCCAUCUUGUCAUCCAUUAAGGAUCAAUUGAUGGAGGUAGACCUUUCAGACUUUAUUGCAGGAAGGCCAGAGUCAGAAGCACUUGAAGUCAUGAAUAUUUUUUCAUCAGUCCUAGAAGGUUGUCACUUGAGGUACCUGAACCUUUCAAACAAUGCUCUGGGUGAAAAGGGUGUCCGGGCAUUUUCGGCACUCCUGAAGUCACAGAAUAAUUUGGAGGAACUUUAUUUGAUGAAUGAUGGUAUCUCAGAAGAAGCUGCACAUGCAGUUUCUGAGCUAAUUCCUUCUACUGAGAAGCUGAAAGUACUUCAGUUUCACAAUAACAUGACAGGGGAUGAAGGUGCAAUUGCUAUUGCUGAGAUUGUGAAAUGCUCCUACGCAUUGGAGGAUUUCCGGUGUUCUUCUACAAGAGUUGGCACAAUUGGUGGUUUGGCUCUAGCUGAAGCACUAAAGACAUGUACCCAUUUGAAGAAGCUUGAUCUGCGUGACAACAUGUUUGGUGUGGAAGCUGGAGUUGCUUUGAGCAAAGCACUCUCUCUGUUUGCAAAUCUUACUGAGGUUUACCUCAGUUAUUUGAACCUGGAGGAUGAGGGGGCAGAAGCACUUGCCAAUGCUCUGAAGGAGUCUGCAUCAUCACUUGAAGUUCUGGAAAUGGCUGGAAAUGACAUUACAGGCAAAGGUGCAGCUUCUUUAGCAGCCUGUAUUGCAUCAAAGCAAUUCCUCACUAAAUUAAACCUGGCUGAGAAUGAAUUUAAGGAUGAAGGUGCUAUUGUGAUUGGUAGGGCAUUAGGAGAGGGUCAUGGUCAGUUGAAUGAAGUUGAUAUGAGCACAAAUGCCAUUAGGAGAGCCGGGGCAAGGCUUUUGGCUCAAGUGGUUGUGGAAAAACCUGGAUUUAAGUUGCUGAAUAUCAAUGGAAAUUUCAUAUCUGAUGAAGGGAUAGAUGAGGUGAAGGAAUUAUUUAAAAGUUCCCCUGAUAUGCUUGGUCCUUUGGAUGAGAAUGAUCCUGAAGGAGAAGAAGAAGAAGAUGAUGAUGAUGAUGAGGAUGACAAAGAGAAUGCAGAAAAUGGGAAUGAAUUGGAAUCCAAGCUUAAGGAUCUCAAGAUCGAGCAAGGAGAAUAGUCAUGCUUUCUGUCUGAUGUUUUUGUCAUCAGGCUGAAAAUUAUCUAAAGGGUCUUUCUAUUUUCAAUUUUGCUUAUUAUAAGCUAGCGUAGCUGCAACAAUGGUGUGGUAUCCAUCCAUUGUGGGUUAAGUUUGUGAAGACUAAUUCCUCAAAGUAAGAUAUGGAAACAUCCUGAGUUUAAUAGUUGUAGCUCUAUUUAGCUGGGAAGUCGAUUUAGUUUAAACUUCUACUUAGUUGGGCAGCAUAUUAUCGUUCCUUUGUUGUAGCUGUAAUGUGCCUGGGAUAUAGCAGUCAUCUGUAUCAGAUAUCAUUGUUCAAUGGUUUAGCAUGGAUAUUUUUUUCAAAUGCUUUCUGAAAUUUUAUAUGAAAUAGCAAGUACUAAUAGUUAAGACAGGUAUUACUUUCACUCUGGCAUAUCAUUUGAAUCGAAUAAAGAAUUCAG